CAGGCAGGAGGAUCCCCAUGGUGGACGCCUUCUUUCUCUCCUUGAAGCUGAAGCUCAAAGGCGUGGUCAACCUUGCAUGAGGGGGACGUUUGUGGGAGUUCUGACGUUAGUGAGGGGUUCAGCAAGCUUCUCGUCUGCCAUCUUCAGCCCUGCAGCAUUGCUGGUUGCUGUUUGAGCUGUUUGAGCCGUUUUGCGAACCAGAUUCAGGCCGGUACCAAUGAGAUGGUGACUUGAGAGAUUCUGAGCACAUGCGAGUGUCAUUCUAGGGUUGGAAAGCGGGCCAGAGACACCAUGGCUCCCAAGUUCUAUGAGGCCCCCAAGUUUUACCCGACGCAUCGGGACAUGGCAGGGCCCUUUGAGAAGUACAUUGAGAGCAUCGAGGAUGAGCUGGCAGAGUUCGGGCUGGGGAUCAUCAUCCCUCCCCGCGGUUGGAAACCAACAUCAGCAAAGUAUGAGACCAUGAACUUUGACGUCCCCAAGCCGAUUCGGCAGCACGUGACGGGCAGCAAGGGCAUCUACCAGUCUGUGCAUGUAGAGCAAAAGGGCAUCAGCCUGCAGGACUUCAAGGCCAUGGCGAACUUGAAGGAGAACAUGGCGCCCAUUCAGGUGGAUACUCUUGGGCCGGAGCAUGACGACCUGGAGCGGCAUUUCUGGAAGAACGUGACGCACUUCCCGCCGCUGUAUGGCGCGGACUCGGAGGGGUCCCUCUUUGACCCUGACCACAAGGGGUGGAACAUCCGGGACUUGGACACCUGCCUGAGCAAAACCCUGAAAGAGCAUGGCGCCUCCCUGCCAGGGGUCACCACCCCCUACCUGUAUGUUGGCAUGUGGCGCAGCAUGUUCGCCUGGCACACCGAGGACGUCGACCUGUACAGUGUGAACUAUCUCCAUUUUGGCGAGCCAAAGUCGUGGUAUUGCAUCCCCCCUGCCCUGAGGGGCCGCUUUGAGCGAGUGGUUGAGGGGCUGAUGCCAGAGUUCCACCGCAACUGCCCCGAGUUUCUGAGGCACAAGGAGACGUUGGUGACCCCCUUCCUGAUCCAGCAGCACAACAUCCCCCUGGUCAAGGCUGUGCAGACGCCGGGCCAGUGGAUCAUCAACUUCCCCUCUGCGUACCACUCCGGGUUCAACCACGGGUUCAACUGCGCAGAGUCGACCAACUUUGCAACGCGCAGAUGGGUGGAAUAUGGGGCCAAGGCCAAGGCCUGCAAGUGCUCAGGCGAGAGUGUCCGCAUCGACAUGCGCCUCUUUGGUGUGGAGCCCCCCCCGGUCAAAAUCAAACCCGGCGCUCUUUUGCUGGCUCCCCCCCUCCCGCCCCCAGACCUGAGCGCAGCCACCCUCCCCCUGGUCGCCCAAGGAAAGAUGGUGCGGCGCAAGGCCUUGCUGCCUGAGGGUACAACAGGCGUCUCACCCGAGAAAGCCGCCAAAGGAACGCCGAGCAAGGCCUCCUCGCCAGCGGGCCCAGGGUCGCCCCCCAAGAAACGGAAGCCGGCGGGGGAGGCCCCGAAGAGGUCACACAAGAAGCAGAAGGGGGUUCAGGGAACCCCAGUCGCGGCUCCAGCUGCGCCAGGUGGCGUUCUCCUCGCCCCGGGGUUGGAACCGCUGCCAGUGGUACCCCCGGCUAAGAAGCGCAAAGCGGCCGGGGGGUCGGUUAGCCCGCCGAAGAAGGGCGGGGCUGCGGCGGCGCUCGAGUUGGCGCCUUUGGCAGUGGGUGCGGAGCUGGCGCAAGCAGGGGGGGCGGGGGGCUCUCGGAAGGGGUCCAAGCCAAAGGCGUCCAAGGCCAAGAAAGGGACUGGGGCACAGGUCGCCCCUUCAGAAGCCCCUUCUUUGCCGGCAGCACCCAACGCGGUUGCGGCGUCGCCAGGGGGGCUGGCUAAGAAAGUCUCUCAACCGAAGCAGAAGGCCGAGAAAGGCGGGGCGAAGAAGCAGAAGGGGAAGCUGGCAACCGCACCUCUUGCUCCAGUGGCGCCAGUGAUUGCUUUGGAGAACCCCCCUCUCACGGGCCUGGGCGGGGUGACUCCUCUCGCAGUGGCCGUGCAAGCACCGCCAAGACCGAAGAAGAGCAAAGGGAAGGGGGCCAAGAGUGCGGCUGUCGGAGGGAGUGCCGUUGCCAGCGCCGCUGUACAUCCGGGGGCAGCAAAGGGCAAAGUGCAGCCGUUGGUUGCAGCGAGCGGGCCCGUACCAAAGACGCACGUGCCCAAGAUCCUCAGGAUCAAGUUCAACCCGCCCGCCGCUCUGGCCGUCGCACCAGGGGGUGCGGGGAGCAAGGGCGCCAAGGCACCCGGGUCGGCGGCCGAGACAAAGAAAAGUCUUCCUCUUGGAGGGGGGGCAUCGCCACCCGCGAAAGUGGGGGGGCUAGAGGCGACGCCGCUACCCCAGCCUGACAGCGCGGGGGGGUCGGAUAGGGUGCGCACGAGGAGGGGGGGAGGUGUGGAGGAGCCUCUGGCGGUCCUCUUCAAGGACCCCCCCACGGGGACGAAGCUGCAGGGGAGGAAGAGGGUCCGAGAAGGGCGAGAAGGACAGGCGUUGGGAAAGGGCGAGGGGCAGUCGAAGAGCGGGGAUGCGCCCACGUCGUCGAAGAAGAAGAAGAAGGGGGGUAGAAAGGAGGGCGGGCAGAAAGGGGCCCCUGUGGGCGUUGGUGCGGAUGGUGUGACGGAACUGAACGGCGCUGCGGCGGGGGGGCUGGGCCAGGCCAACUUUGCGGGGGUGCAGGCCGGUAGUUUCGUUGCAGGAGAGCCGGCAAGCGCAGCAGAAGGAGUUCCUUCGGCUGCACCGGCUCCUGGCAGCGUUGAAGACGCAUGCAGAGCCGCGUCCCCGGCGGGACCUUCUACUGUGCUCCCGGUGGAGGCAGUAGCAGUUCGGGAGGUGACGGGGGGUGUGCAACCAAUUGGUGAGGAGGCCGUCAACCGUUCGGAGGAAGUGGGGGAGUGCGGUCCACCGUCUCAUGAGAGCAGCGAGGCGCAGUUGGCGUCAGCCUCAGCACAGAGAGAAGGGGCACCCGUGGCGGUCGAAGUCACCGCAACGGAACUGGGCGGUGUAACUAGGAACGCGGGUUUUUCGGAGGCAGCCCCGCCAGCUGGGGUCCUUGGUUCCAGUCUGGUUGCCCCGUCAGUUGACCCGGGGGGAGAGGUCACGGUUGCGGCAGCUGUUGGUGCGGAAGGGGCUGCACCGCUCGGGGCAGGCGCACCAGGGCUCCUCCCGAAACUGGUCUCGCCCAAGCAGAAGAAGGGGAAGAAGAAGGCGGGAAGUCGGAAGGGGGCAGUCAACGCGUUGCCUGGCAGCAGCGUGCCGUCAGCGGGUGGGGCGGCGGCCUCGAAACCGCGCCAGAGAAGGAGGGGCCCGCCCCCCGUCGAGCGGCCGAGCACUCACCAAAUGUCGCGCAGGAGUAGGCAAGGCGCCUCCACCCCCGGAGAAGCGCCACAGACGGCGCAGAAGGUUUCUAUUUCCAACCCGGCAGAGGAGCUAGCGACGGGCGUCGCGACCGAUGAGACCUUUCUCAAGGUAGAAACGGGGGAUACGAAGGGGUUCGAAGGACCCGCGAGCAAAUCCAAGCCGCCCGUCGAAAUGGCUUUGGCGUCGGGAGAUGAGCCACUGUGCGCACCCCCGGAAAAGGUUGAGCUGCUGAUUGCACCAGCGGAGCGACUGAAGGGGGGGGCUGCGCCAGAGGUGAGCGGGGCCGUCUCGGGGGGGUCCCAGUCGCAGGGGCAGGCGGGGGCGCGGUCGCGGAGCGGUUCCGAGAAGAGCGGGAGGCUCGUGAUGAGGGUCGAGGGCUCGCGGCUGUUGCUGCGGAGGGUGAAGCAGACGGAGGGCCCGGAAGCCGUCGAGCCGGAGAAGGAGUUGAAGAGGGGUCCGGUUGCGGCAGACAGGGGGGACGAGGCGCCUCAGAAAAGCUCUCGGGGGGGCCUGCCCGGGCCGGUUGCUCAGGCGUUGGGAGUAUGCGUGAACGAGGGCAUUGGGAGGCCGCUCGAGGCUACGGGCGCCAGUGCAGCACCGACGGACAGGUGCCUUGAGGAGCCAAGGUUCGCCCACAAGUUGGAGCCGUGCAACGAGCUCGUCCUCAGCGAAGUGACAGUUCUGACAAACUGCGACCCGGAAGCAGACGCACCGGCCGAGUGCGCACGAGCAACAUUGGGUCCAGCCCCUAAAGCUGGUCGCGCUGAGGAGGCGUUGGACACAAGCUCUCAAGAUAGUUUAAGCUUGACAUAUCAUGGUGAUGGUCACGAGGUGAAUUUGUGAAGUAAGUAGUGUAAGUUUAAUUUGGAGGCGGCAUUUUUGGUUUCAUUAUCGCUGACCCAACUUGUCCCGUGUAACCUAGAAGAGGAAUUGGAUGCCACGAGGGACUCCGCUUAUCUUGCAUUUACUUAUUGGGAGGUGCAUUGUGCAAACAACGUCAGGAGCUUGUGGUCUGGUUGGUAUUCGAAGGUAU